GCCCUUCCCUAGGGCCUUAGGUGGAGCGCGCCCAUUAUGUCAAUAGGUUCUAUGCUCUAUAAUUUUAGUUAGUCUAUGCUCUAGUUCAAUAGAAAUAGAAAAUAUCAAUAAUUCAAUACAAGGCUAAUUGAAGGUUAUUAAAAGCUACCAAACCAAUACAAAAGGGAUUUUUUUAUUGUAAUUGAAAGAUUUUUAGUUAAUAUAAUUUUUGGAGCGCUAAGAGUAAAGUUAAAACGCUAUAAACCCAAAUUUAUAAAAAAAACAAAAUAUUGCUAUGAGUCCUGUGGAAAGUGUACCAGUUGCUGUCUUAAAUCAUAUUGAUGACUAUGUUGAGUUACUUUAUGAUGAUAUUCCAGAAAAAAUUAAAGGAUCAGCACUUAUAUUGCAACUUGCCAGGAAUCCAGACAAUUUAAUUGAAUUGGCCAAAAAUGAAGCCCUUCUAAGUGCUCUUUCUAGAGUAUUAAGAGAGGAAUGGAAAAGAAGUAUUGAGUUGAGUACAAAUAUUGUAUAUACAUUUUUCUGUUUUUCAACAUAUGUAGAAUUUCAUUCUGUUAUUAUACAAUACAAAAUUGGAUCUCUGUGUAUGGAUGUUAUUGAUUAUGAACUUAAAAGAUAUGAUCAAUGGAAAGAAAAAGUUGAAGGAAAAAAGCAAGUUCUUACACCAGACAAAAAUGAAUUACCAAAAAGUCGUAUCCCAGAACCCAAACGAAGACCAAAAUCAGGAACUUGGGCAGUAGCAGAUAUUAAUUUACAAAAAACUAGAUCUGUUGUAUCUAGUUAUCAUGAAGACUUGUGCAAUGCAUCUGAUGAAUUUCUAUCUAAAAGUGAUGAGGAACAAAUGAAAAGAAAACUGAAAACCUUAUCCAAAAGGCAAGAGCAACUGCUUAGAGUAGCAUUUUAUAUGCUUUUAAAUAUAGCAGAUAAUGUUAAAGUAGAAGAAAAAAUGCAUAAGAAGGAUAUUGUUGGAUUACUCAUAGGAGCAAUGGAAAGACACUCAAAUAUUGACCUUCUAAUUUUAAUUGUUUCAUUUUUACAAAAACUAUCAAUUUUUGUUGAAAAUAAGAAUGCUAUGGCCUCUAAAGGAAUCAUUGAGAAACUAGCUCCUUUGUUAGAUUCCCCUAAUGCUGAUUUGGUCAAUGUGACCCUAAAACUUCUCUUCAAUUUGACCUUUGAUACUAAAUUAAGGAAUAAAAUGGUCAAAAUAAACUUACUUCCAAAGUUCAUUCAAUUUACAAGUGAUGACAAACAUAUAAACCUGGCAAUGAAAAUUCUUUACCACCUCAGUAUGGAUGAUCGAGUGAAACAAAUGUUUACUCAAUCUGACUGUGUGAAGUUGCUGACGGACAUGCUGCUGCUGAACGUGAACAGCGAGGCGUGCGCGGACGCGAGCACGACGGACGUGCUGCUGGCGCUGUGCGUGAACCUGGCGUGGAGCGAGCGCGCGGCGCGCCAGAUGGCGGGCGAGGGCCGCCUGCGCGAGCUGCUGGCGCGCGCCUUCCGCCACCGCAACGCCGUGCUCAUGAAGCUCGUGCGCAACCUGUCGCACCACGCGCCCGUGCGCCCGCUCUUCGUGGAAUUUGUAGGAGACAUAGCCGGUGCAGUAACCAGUAAUGAGGCGCCUGAAGAAUUUGUCAUUGAAUGUAUGGGAACUCUGAGCAAUAUUUUACAUGUGAACAACAAUAUCGAUAUAUUCGCCGUCGUUGAAAGAUACAACCUAAUACCUUGCAUACUCAAGAUUCUGGACCCAGCGGAGCAGCGCGACCCCGAGCUGGUGCUGGAGGGCGUGGUGGCGGCGGGCGCGCUGGGCGCGGAGGAGCGCGCGGCGGCGGCGCUGGCGGCGGCGGGCGGCGGCGCGGCGCUGGUGGCGGCGCUGCGGCGGCGGCAGGCCGACGACGAGCACGUGCUGCAGACCGUGUUCGCCUUCCGCCAGCUGCUGGCGCACCCGCGCGCCGCGCGCCUGCUCGUCGAGCGCACCGAGGCUCCGGCUUACCUCAUCGAUCUCAUGCAAGACAAGAACGUCGAGAUAAGGAAAAUGUGUGACUCCUGUCUAGACAUCAUCUCUCAGAUGCAGAACGAGUGGGCCGCCAGAAUUAAACUGGAGCGGUUCCGCUGCCACAACGGGCAGUGGCUGUCGGUGGUGGAGACGCUGGGCGCGGACGGCGGCGCGGGCGACGAGUGCGCGCUGCCGCCCUACCUGUCGGCCGACUUCCUGCUGGCCGGCCACCGCCUCGCCGCCGCCGAUUCUCAAGUAUCACUUAAUGACGACUCGGACAGUUUUUCGGGUGAGGCUGAUUACAAUCGUGCAAAUAGCAGGAAUACUCAAGAUGGGCAAAGUGAAGAAUUGUUAGGACUAUCUGAUUCGUUAUCGGGAAAAACAUCCGAAGACGACACACAAUUCGCUAAUAAGAAGCUUAGCAUACUCGCCUAAACUAAGAACGAAGUAAAAAUCGCUAAUUGCUUAAAAUUUCUUAUUAUAUGUAUAUAGCAAUCGCUUCUAAUUUUUAUUCAUUUUUAACACAAUGAUCUCUCUUUUUGUCGUUGUUUUUGUUAUAAAUUUUAUUUACAUAAAAGAAAAUUAAAAUAAAAAAAUAUAUAUAAAAAUAUUUAUUGUUAUUUAUAUAAGUUGUAGGAUUGUAUAAUUUUUUCACUGUCACUUUUUCUAUCACUUAACGUAUUUAUGUUUUAAAAUAUAACCACUUACAAUGAAGCGUCACUCAACCGGCGUGUGCAGUGCGCACCGCAUCACGUGACCGCACCCAUCGAUAGCAGUGACGUACAACGGCGUUGACGCUAAUGAAAAGUUAUGACAUUAUCGUACUAAUGUUUCAUCAUUGAAAUUGGGCUUAGUUUCAUGUUGUCUAAGACCUGUAUCUAAGACCGUGGGUAUAAUAUAUAUAAAAAUAUAUAGUUUAUGUUUACAUGAAUAAUCGAAAUCAGAGUUGAGAUCCGAGACUCCUUUUAUGUAACAAUAUUGUUUAAUUUGUCAUUUCAUUAAAUGAUCAUUAGCAAAGCUAAUAAUUAUUUAUUGCAACGGGCUACCUAUUAAACUAACCAGCAUUUCAAAUUACUAUGAUAUAGCCACUAAAGUGGCCAAAAAAAAAUGAAAAUCUGUUUGAUUGCACUUUAAAGACUAUCUAUAUAUAUUUAUAAGUAUAAAGUAUCUGUAAUAUAUAAAGUAUAUAGUAUAAAAAGUAUCUGUUAUACAGUAAAAAGAACAAAAAAUGUAGUAAUAUAGGUUCAAAAGUUGUAUUGUGCAAUAAUCAACCUAGUCCCUAACCACUCCCAUUUAAAGGACAUAACUUAGUGUUUUAAUAUAACUAUAGAUAAAAACAAAGGUAUUAUCGUUCAUAAAA